CCUGUGAACAUCCCCGCCGACCAAGAAACCCACAUGCGUGCAGUGUGCACCACAGAAUCCCACUUUGACUGAGAUUCUCUGCGCCCUCCCACAUACAACUGCGACACGGAGCUGCAAAGAGAUGGAAAUGGCGCUCGUCUGCUACCUUAAAAUUGUUAGCGUCACCGACUCUUCGGUGUUUUGCAUUUCCCAGACUUCUUGGGGGAUCAGAUCAUGGUUUUCUCCUGAUGAUUUGCCAGAAACGGCCUCUAUGCGCAAAUUGCCAAAUCUGCCAUGCUACUCCAAGGGGUUCGAAUCUAUGAUGCUACAAGGUCCACCAAAUCCCGGCCAAAUGACACAGUCUUUCAACGGAAACCUUACUGUUAGCAUGAUCGACUUUUCGGAAUGUUUGGCCGAUGGGGGGAGGACUGUGCCUCUUACCCCGGAUUCACCUCGACCGGGUCAAGGUCGCCGAGCGGCUGUCGAAAUCUCCGACUUCAUGAAGGCUCGAACGAGCUCUGAUGCCCUGAAGGCUCACAUUGAAACCAAGACGCGGGCGUUUACUGGAAGAUUCAGGUUUGAGGCCACGCACAACCACCAAUAGCUCUUCUAACCCUCGGCCGACCUCCGGACUUUUCGCGGCGGCACAGACAUCAUAGGCCGAGUUGCGGGCGCUCGUCGUUAUAUGUCAGCAGAUUAGAAAUGCGAUAAUGGCGGCGCCGUGCCUCAAACCAUGGCGUUUCUAGGUCGAACGCCGCCAAUAUCAUUGCGGCUUCACAGACCUCACAGACAGGCGGGAAACAGCCAGGUAUUCUUGAGUACGCCGAGUACCCGACGUCUUCUGGCCCUGUAGGGCGGGGCGAUUUAGGGCUGCCUGCACGAGACGCAUAGGUCACACCACACGACAGACUGCAUGCUCAUGUUGGG